AUGGCUGCGGGGCGAAUCACACAGUCCCCCUCUACCUGUUCGCUGCUCGCACGAAACAGGCAACGAGAGUCACCCCAACCUGUGGAGUGGAACAGUGCCGCAUCACGCUUACUAAGCCCACCACCAAUAGCAGCAGCAGUAGGUACAGAGUCCAGUUUUUCUGGCGCUAGUUCGCGCUCUGCAUGGGGUGACACCAGCAGCCGUCUAGACACCGGGUCCAUAUCUUCCCCCCCCCGUAAGCUUUCAGCUGCAAACGCACAGCCAACACCACCUCCGGACAUGCAGGGGACCUUUCAGUUGGGGGCGUCUAUGCCUUCAGGAGCCACGCCAGAAACAACGGCUCGGUCAUCAGGCUCACCCCCAGAGUGCAGCAAUCCAGUCGUUCACAAAUGUCUGCUAGGCCGUCAGCAGGAGAUGGAAAAGAGUUAUUCAUGCUGCAUCCCCGGUUUUCUAGCUGGAGAGAGGAUUGGUAACGAGGGACCUUGUUGUGGUUUGAGCUCCUCACUGCACACAGUCGUCCACGUUUGCGAAUGCAUGCAACCCUAUGAGCUGGAUCGUGCACUUGCUGUUGAAAAUCUGCGGCUGGAAAGGGUGCGGGAUGCCCACAUGGUCGUUUUGGGUAUUGCCCAACAGUACGGCGUGGAACGAGUGUUGGAAGAUGAGGAUCUUCUUCUUCGGGUCACGUCGUCAAUCCUACAAGAAGCAUCUGCAAUUCACAAGAAAAAGGACACGGAACAUGAAAAGGAGUCGCAUCGGCAGCAACAACAGAACCUGCAGCAUCCUCAUCACCAUCUUCAUCAUUCAGGAGACGAUGAGUUGUUUACGCCUCCAUAUUCAAAGGAACUGCAUGCAGCUCCUUCAAUGUCAUUGGGUUUGGAGAGUUUGGAGGAAAAAUUGAGUGAUGGAGUGCAACAACAAUUUGGUUUUCGCUCACUCGGCACUCUGACUGCAUGCGAUAUAACGGCAGCUGACGACUCGUGGACUUUGGCUGUACAGGAGGCAAACGAGCUAAGGAUCUUCUUCAGGAGGCACUGCAGCAGCACAAUGAUUAGUUUCAGGGUCGAGGGUACAGUAGAUGCGAAUCUUCUGAAUAUCAUUUCUGUCUUGCACGAGAUGGACUUGUACAAGGAAUGGAUUCCGUACUACUCAUUCCCAGUCAAGUUGGGCUUGCGAGACGUCAAGAAGAUCUACCAACUUGGUCGGGUUGACCAAGUUGAUUUGCUACAGCUUGACUUUCCAUGGCCAAUGAACAACAGAGAUUGCUGUGUGGCAAUUUGGGCCGCGGAUGACCUGGACUAUAGCAAUAGGUUCUUCAUCCGCAUAACAUCACUAGACGCAGGAAGCAAGAAUCCCAGAAUUCCUCUGGUGCCAAUGCCGGCUAACAAGACUCUCCGUCUGUACUUUGAAGGAGCAAUUGUUCUUGUACCCCUUGCCGCUGAUAAAAGUUUCAUCGAGCUCGUAUGGACACUUGAUCCCAAGGCGCAUCUGAGCGAAUAUAUCGUCAACUUCUUUACUCGAGUCUUCGCCAAGGCUUCAUUUCACGCGUUCUGCAAGGUCUGCAUUGAAGCUUCGUCCGGGGAACACGCAAAGCGGCGGGCAGCCUUUCCUUUACUAUAUGGCUUUGUCGCCCAGAGACUCGCAGAAGUAGGAAAUUUACUCGGGCAAGGGUAUAGGAAAGAAGCGUCAUCAACUGUGCCUCAUGACCAGCCUUUCACAGCAGAGCCCAUGGAUGAUGAAAACAAGCCACCAAGCACCACUAGAAGUAAAGAGGGCAAAGACGGAGAUGGAGAAGAAGCACACGAACAAGAAUACAAGGACAGGGAUACCGAUCAUCCGCACUCAAAGAAGUGCAAGAGCGGGAAAAUCUUCCCCUUUAGGAAGAGGCGAUCAGCUUGCGGUUCGAACACAAGUCCUGAACAUCACUAA